AUGGCGGCGGGAACGGGAGUUAAACUCGAAAAGGGCGGUGAUGGUGUGGACGUUGACCAGGGCCAGGAGGUCACUCCUUCCUCUGAGAAAGAACAUUCGCUCCUGCAGGCCACAGAUGCACCCCUUGGCGCCUUUCCUUUUCAGUCCAGACCUUCACACCUUUCCCGCUGCCGGAUCGUCAAACGGCCAAUGCCUGCCUCACUUCACCCAAUGGAAGGCGCGUGUUUCCUCCUGUUCCUGCCCCAGUCUACAAAAAAAAAAUGUCAGGCCAAGGGAAGGAGCGAAAGACAAGGGUGGGAAGCCAGUGAGAACCGGUGGAAGGAGCAGGGGGGCGGAGCUGAAACAGGGGCCAUGCGGCUCCACUUCAUCAGGACUACUCCUUCUUCUUCUUUUUGCACAGUUGCCUUUACAGCAAUUGGGCAGAAAGAAUUGGGCACGCACGAGCACGCUGGCGGCCGUCGAGCUUACUUGCAUCGCAGUUCCUCCACUCGCUCCAUCCAUCUGCCCACUGGGCUGAGCCCGACCGCCAUCGACACGUGGAGGCGCCCAAAUGCACCUCCACGGGGGCGAAGAGACGCAGAAAAUAGCAGCUUUGCCGAUGAUUGGACCACACGAUACCACAGACGGGUCUCUCCUGGCCCAGGCCAAUCCAAGACGCUGCAAUGUAAGGUACGGAGUUGCAGCUUGCCAGCCAGCGUCGGGUUACUCUACACUCCGAUGCCUUCAAUUCUUGUUCAGUACCUACCCAUCAGUGCCUCAAAAACUCACGACUCAUCGACCGACCACCAUUGCAAGCCCUCGAAAGUCCCCGUCUGGCACCGGACGUGUAUUGGCAGCAGUGUUGCUUCGUACCCAAGAGUACCGUACGAAUGCCGAUACGAAAAACGGGCGGCGCGACGACGAUCCUGCUGUUUCCAGGCUUACUUCCCGUCUGGAGCCGUGCGGCAAGUCACGGUGCGGUGCCCGCAACUUGCAAGCAGGCGCUGGUAUAUUCGGGCCUUGGCAUGUGAGGCGAGACGAGGCGAGCCAGGCGCCAUAUUUUGUUCAUUUCGUGCCAAUCUCGCCAGCACUUUUCCGGCCAUCAUCGCCGACAUCACACUGGGCCUUGGCGGAGUCCCCUUAAUAAUCCAAGUUGGCACGCCUGGCAUUCAAUGUCUGGAUCUGAAGCUCAAGCUCAAGCCGCUGCUUGUUACGGAUACUCGUGUGGCUGUCAGCCGCUGCACAGUCAGCGAGUCCUUGAAAGCCACGCCUAAGAGCUCCGUACAGCGUAUUAGGUACACCAUGACUUCCCAGUUCUCGCUGCCUUCACAGCUUCCAGCUUGGGCCAUCAAGAUGCCGCGUGCGGCUGCGAGAGGCGUAGCGCCUGUCGGCCGGCAGUUUUUGCCUCCAGGCUCAACGACGACGUUUCUCAGACGCGCAUCCGGCAGCAUUUCUUCGGAGGACGCAGGUCUCGAUCGGACGGCAUGGAUCUGCCUGCCGCCGUCAUUCCCACAUGCCGCCCGCCAUCCAAUGUUUCCCGUGGACCGAAUGGCUCAGUCUGUUUAUUAUCACGUUCCACCAGUGUUCGUCACGUCUCCUGUUGGCCAACCCACAUCUGCCCCCUGCAUUUCACAUUUCACACUCAUACGCCAAUCUCGCAACGAAAUCAGCAUCACAGCCGCUAAAGCAUCCGUAACACAACGCAUAGAUAGUACGGCGUACAUAUUAUACGACGGGUAUUUUUCGAUCAGUAUUGCUUGCCUCUCCAUCCGCCGUGAAGUAGAAAGACAGCGCGAGACGGCCAAGAACUCUGAAAAUGAAGAACUAAAUUGGCCGUUUCUCCUUUCUUUUUUUCCUCCUUCCAUCGCGGUGAGUUGCGAAUUGAAGGUCCCCUCUUGUGGUGGCGAAGCUUCCUUGGCAAAAAACGGCCCCACCGUCUUCGUCUUCCACUUUGGGAAAUCCAAGUUGUACAUAGUUCCCGUCCAGUGGAGACUUCCCCGGCCAUUGGCUCACGCUCUUCUCCGUAUUGUUGGCCUUGCGGCCUUAGAAGAAAAAAGCUUGACCGUCGCAGACGGGGCCCUCCAUAUCGAGCUCCAGUUUUGCGGUCCCUGCGUCAGGACAGUACGACGGUCGCCGGGUUCGCUUCCGUUGCGCGUAUCCGUUGAGUUAGGUCUAGGAACUCCUAGUGGCCGUCCAUCUCUUCCCUCGCUUUGGCCGCCGUCGACCUACCUGACUGUACGCAUCAAGAUUCGAUCAAGAGCCUUUGCAUGGCGUCAAACAUCAACUAUGACUGUAGCUGUGCAGACACGAGCGUCCGUAGCUGCAGCCUGCACCUUCAAGCCUCUGCAUCAUUCUCAGUCCCCCGCCCGAGCUUUUUCCGCUCCCGCUUCAACGCUAGAAUUCAAUCAAAGAAGUUUCGGUCGUCAUGAUCGCUUGGUCACAAUGAUUCGAUAUCUGGGUAUAAGCUUCAGCCUCGAUUGCGGCACCUGCCCUGCUAUUUUUCGACACCUCAAUCAAGGUACGAUCGGGCGGGCGCCGGUUCGAUGCUACGAGAACGUGGCUCACAGCUACCGAACGGACGGAUCAAAAGCAUGCUUACGGAAAGCCUCCUGGCCCACGGGCCACGGGGGAGGGCUGGCUCCCUCCGGCUUAGAUCUUGCGCCCCGGCCGAUUGCGGACCCGGUCGGCGGCCCCCGCGCCGCCCGAGCCAGGAAUCUGCCGAACAGCGGCACGUGA